AUGAGGAAGGCAUACUCAGUCAGCUCUAGCAGCAGCACCAGGAAGUCCUUUGCACCAGUUAGCAGCUACUCCGUAAAAAGAUCCAGUUAUGGUGCUGGAGCGGGAGCUGGUGGUCUUGGUUUUAGUAUGUCAUCAAUGGGUGGUGGAUUUGGUGGUGGUUCUGGAAGUUAUGGCUUUACUUCUAGCCAAACAGGAGGUGGCUUCAUCGCUCCACAGAUCACAGCUGUCCAAGUCAACCAGAGCCUGCUGACCCCCCUGAACCUGGAUAUCGACCCCACCAUCCAGGUUGUCCGCACUCAGGAGAAGGAUCAGAUCAAGACCCUCAACAACCGCUUCGCCUCCUUCAUCGACAAGGUCCGUUUCCUGGAGCAGCAGAACAAGAUGCUGGAGACCAAAUGGAGCCUCCUGCAAGACCAGACCACCACCCGCUCCAACAUUGAUGCCAUGUUUGAGGCUUACAUUGCCAACCUGCGCAGACAGCUCGAUGGGCUGGGCAAUGAGAAGGGCAAGCUGGAGGGAGAGCUGAGGAACAUGCAGGGCCUGGUUGAGGACUUCAAGAAGAAGUAUGAAGAUGAAAUCAACAAACGUGCUGCUGCAGAGAACGAGUUUGUGCUCCUGAAGAAGGACGUUGAUGCUGCCUACAUGAACAAGGUGGAGCUGGAGGCCAAGGCUGAUGCUCUUCAGGAUGAGAUUAACUUCCUCAGGGCCGUCUAUGAGACUGAGCUUCGUGAGCUGCAGAGCCAGAUCAAGGACACCUCUGUUGUCGUGGAGAUGGACAACAGCCGUAACCUGGACAUGGAUUCUAUUGUGGCUGAAGUCCGUGCUCAGUAUGAAGACAUUGCCAACCGCAGCAAGGCUGAAGCAGAGACCUGGUACAAACAGAAGUAUGAGGAGAUGCAGAGCACUGCCGGACAGUAUGGUGACGACCUGCGCACAACCAAGGCUGAGAUUUCUGAGCUGAAUCGCAUGAUCUCCCGUCUUCAGAAUGAGAUUGAGGCCGUCAAGGGACAGAGGGCCAGCCUGGAGGCUCAGAUUGCAGAGGCUGAGGAGCGUGGUGAGUUGGCAGUGAAGGAUGCCAAGCUCCGCAUUAAGGACCUGGAGGAUGCUCUGCAGAGAGCCAAGCAGGACAUGACCCGCCAGGUGCGCGAAUACCAGGAACUGAUGAAUGUCAAGCUGGCCCUGGACAUCGAAAUCGCCACCUACAGGAAACUGCUAGAAGGAGAGGAGUCCAGACUAGCCAGCGGAGGCGCAAAUGCAACCAUCCACGUGCAGCAGUCCUCUGGAGGUGGUGGAUACUCCAGCUCCAGCUCCAGCGGUGGAUUUGGCUAUGGUGGCAGCAGCUUGUCUGGUGGUUAUGGCGGUACUGUUACCAAGUCCACAGUCUCAUCAACCAGUUCCAGGAGAGUGUAUUAAAAAGCAGAGCCAGUCCUCUUCCCCUUCAGAAACUCUUGAAUUUCAUCUAACUCUGUACCCUUUCAUGGUGCUAUGCAAUACCAUUAAGCAGGUUCCACAAGAGAGCUGCAUAUAUUGUUACACUGCUACCACGAUCCCUUACAGCUUUUCUUACUCUUCUUACGAGUAAGACAUUCUCUCCAUCAUCAUUUAACAAGAGUUUCUGAAGGUAAACACGGCCUUAAACACACAAGAGACAACAUAAAGUGUUAAAACUGAGCAAAGAAAAAAUUUGAAAGUCUUUAGUUAAUUUUGUCAAUCUAAAUACUUUUCGUAUUGCAGUGCACUGAUGAACUGCUCUGAAAUAGGAUUCUGGAGUUAUAUGUAGAAAGGUUAUAUUUUUCAUGCUCCAGUUUUCAGUUGACAUUUGAGCGCUGAUACUAGUAAGGGGAGCAAGUCACUGACCAAAUCUGAUCACUUGAGAAAAACAAAAAAAUGUAAUUUCCGUGACUUUUCAUGUUUACAGUUUCCCUUUGAACCGAUUGGCCACUGGCUUAUUCUUGGUACUGUCCUUUCAAACAUUUCCAUGCUCAGUUUUGCCUUUACUUGCCUUCAAGAUAAAACAAUGUUGAAACCAGAUUUAUUUUGUACAAGCCCACAUUACUGAUGAAUGUUGCAGAAAAUUACAUCAAAUGAUUUUGAAUAAAAUAAAUCU